UCCCUCAUAGAAGAAGUCUCAAUGCACUUCCGCCUCGACCGGAAAAGGCGCCACAAUUCAAAACAGGAGGAAAAUACAAACAAGCGGCUACUUUGUACAUUUAGUUGCAGUUUGGAUAUUUCUGAUAAAAUGGACCCGACCUCACAAUUCUUCUCUAAACUUCGGAAACUGGCGGUGAGUCUGGAAUCAGAAAGUGGCAGGCUACAGCGGGCUUACGAGAACCGUAACAACGAACCUGACAGCGAAACCACAGUUAGAGCCACGCGGGCGUAUCACGAGCUGCACGGUGAAGUCGGGGGGCUUAAGGUGCAGAUCCAGGAUACGCUGACUCAGCAGAAAGCCAGGAAAGGCGAGGUGGACAGCUUUAUCAAGGCCUGUCAAGUGCUGGAGCAGAGGGUCACUAAAGACAUUCAGGUCGUCAGGACACACCUGGAACAAUACGGCUAUCAAGCUCCAUGCAACACCCAGAGAGCUUUGGAGCCAAAUGAUCAAGGUGCCAAGUCAGAAAAUGAAGCAGGAGAAUCGGAUAAAAGCAGCUCAGUGGUAGAGGAAGGUGGAAACCUGGAUGACGAUGAAGAGGCCCCCUGUUUAUCCCCUGAGAAAAUAGAGCUGCCUUUCACUGACCUGAUGCGAACCCCUCAGCUCUCUGACUUUGGUUUGUCGGAGAUGCAGCUGAAGAGAGCUCUCGCUGGGACGGAGUGGUGCUCAGAAGUUCCGUCUAUGCCCGAGAUGAGCCUCCCACAACCUUCGCUUGACACACCUGCACCGCCCCCCAUUCCCAUCACCCCUAAGUGUGCUCUGAGGAUGGAAGAUGACGAGCUGCAAAUGCCUCAGAUGCAUGAGUUUGGCAUCACAGAGAAGACUAUGUGUCUGAACAAUGACUUCACUAUGGAUUUGUUUCGGAAAAAGGCUUCAAAACCCAACAAGGCACCUGAAGAAAUACCUGCACUGGAAAGACUGCAGACUGACAUCCUGAAGUCUCCUGAGCCGCCACUUCUUUGUACUCCGGGGUUCAAGUUAAAAAAGACGAACGGUCAGUUCCCCCCAGAGCUGAACGGCGACACUGACCCAGAGUCUCCCCCUCCUCAUGCUCACCUGGCCACCACCCCCGAGGUUCCAGCGUUUCAAACUCCGUAUGUAAACCGACUGGUCAGCUCCAAGAAGAGUGCACCGCAGCCGGAGCAAGUCGACAUGCAAACAGAUGAGGAUAGCCGCACCUUUAAACCUCAGCCUCCCUGUAACGGAGCGGCCGGCUCCAAACGCACCUGGGACCACCAUGUACCGGACUCGUCUGCAUUUGGUGUUGAAGACGCACAGAUGCCAGAGAUGCCAAACCUGGAGUCAGAUUUAGGCAAUUCUUUACAACAUAGAAAUAGAAAAAUAAGCAAAACUGACAAAGACGUGAGGGGUCCUGCUGUCAGCAGCCUGGAUUCAGAUGGACCCACUCAGGAGUUCAGCUUGGGGACCCCUCGCAUCAGAACAACCUUUGAAGAGCCCAGCACCCCCGAGAUGCCAGACCUUAGCUCUGUUACGCAGGACAUUUGCAAACUGGUGUCCCAGGCUCAGAAGAAGAAAACCACGACCGCCACACAGCCACGCAUCAGCCCUCUCCAACCUGCUGACAGUCUGUGUGUGGUGUCACAGAGCGAGUUCCAGACUUUACCCAAUUACCUGAGGCGGAUGACUCUGAGCAACCUCAACCAGGCAGUCGGCAACAUCAACACAUUCGCAGAGCAGAGUCGAGGUGAAAUACAAGAGUUCACGAUGGAGGAGCUCAGGAGCAUUAUUGGUGUUGGAACUAUGGCCCCUGUUUACAUCCUCUGCCUACAAGAGCUCAAAAGGGUAAAACAGGUGGACGGACUCAUCGGAAAACAUGUGUACAAACUGAUAACUAACUGAUAAUCAAACAAUGAUCUGAUCUGUAAAUCUAAAUUUAAUGAGAGUCUUAUUUUCACCCUGCAAAUAUUUUUGGUGCAAGAUGAGUUUGAAAACAUGUUUAGUAGAAAUUGACUUAUAUGAUAUGUAGUUUGUAAAUACUGAUUAACUUGCAAUUGUGCGAUUCAAUAAAUUUUGUUUAGUAAAAUAAA